ACUGGACUUGUAGGAUUUUGAAUGGCAGCCACUAAUACCCAGUUAAAAUUGUGAAGACAGAAAGAAGUGCUGAUGAACUUUGCUUAAUCCUUGGUGAAUAAUACCUGAACCUUGACCCAAAUUACAAACACAGAAGGUGGUUGAAUAUGGACCAGUACCACCUCAGUGAUGAAAGUUCACUCCACUCUGAGAUGCAGCUUCAUGAGUUUUCAGGGAAUCAGGCUUUGGACUGCAGUGAUAAUUUCGGCCACGAUCUGUGUCCAGAUAUGAGAGACAUGAUUUAUUCAGGAUUGAGCAACUUGGAUGUGGACCCCAGCCUUUCAGCCACAAAUAUGAAUAAUGACUCCUUGGAGGACAAUCUUGACACCUUAUCUUUGUACUCGGUGAAGGACUGUGAUUCUACUAAACUCCUUGAGGAUUGUGACCCAGACUCACGGCCACUCUUGCAUGAAUUGGGACUUCCUGCCCCUUCAGCACCGAAAGAAGUGGAGCAAGGAGGCAGAUCCAGUUCUGGCAGUGGAAGGAGAGGAAAGCACCAGCAAAACUCCCCUCAAGCCCCUUUCCUGGAUUGCAGCCUCUGUGGAAAGGUUUUCAGUAGCACCAGCUCUCUCAGCAAACACUACGUGACUCACAGCCAGGAACGGAAACAUGUCUGUAAGAUCUGCAGCAAAGCAUUUAAGCGCCAGGACCACCUGAGUGGCCACAUGCUGACACACCAAAAAACGAAGCCGUUUAUUUGCAUAGAACAAGGUUGCAAUAAGAGUUACUCAGACCAUCGGUCACUGCGCCGGCAUUAUGAAAUGCACCACGGUUUGAGGUUGUUAAAGGACGAAGAAGCUUGUGAGGCCUCCCCACCCCUCCACGAUUCACGUGUGCAGGUGGGAUCUAGUGGCAUGAGAACUGCAGAGAGGCUGGCUGUUCACCCUGAAUCCCAGGCCCCUAAUAAUUCCCUCCUGCCCCACAGAGACCUGUUGAGGUGUCUUGUAAGUAGCUUAGUCAGCCAGAAGCUCCCGCCUGCUUCUUCAACCUCUGUGGGUCAGCCUGAGACUGAUUCUAGGGGAUCCCAGCAGCCUUGCGCCUCUGUCUGCGGUCAGAUUUCUUGUGUGCCGACAAGCACUGCAGUGCUCACAGAAGCCACCAGUGAUAAAGUGACGAAGGAGCUUUACCCUUGUCAAAAGAACGCCACCUCUUCCAGUGUGUACACCAUCAUAAACCCUGGGAGUUUAUCUGUACUUGGACCAGCAGAAAACAUUGCAAACUUGCCAGACAGGCAGCCACAUUCAGAACCUCAGUUUCCAUUAGAAACCACAGCCCUGGAGUAUUGGUCGAACAGUGGUGUGCCUCGUUUUCCGUUAUUCAGAGGCCAGAAAAUUCCUGCCACCUCUCACCAGUCAAGUGGCAACUUCCAGUGGGUCAGAAAUGUGCCACCAACCUACACCCAAAGCAAAGGAAACGGUGUUUAUCUUGCUCAGAUGCCACCUGCUGCAGGUCAGGAUGCUUCCCAAGGCCUCGUGGGACCCUCCCAUGCUUUUGACUCUCUGUCGCAGAACUUUGAGCGCCCAGAUGUUUUAUCGUUCACUCCAGCCCUCUUAAAGUCACAGGGGGAGAUCCCUGGAGAGCCGAAUCUCAGUGGCUUUGAAGAGUCUUUCAGGCCAGCAACAAGGCUUCCAGAUCCUAUGAAGCACGGUGUGCUGCAGAAGGGUGAGGCCACACCGCUGUUCAGGCAGCUCUUAAUGAAAUCCCAGGAAUCCUCUGUGAAUCAGGAUCAGCUUCAAGUCCAGGGUCGCCUGUUCCAAAGGAUCACCAAAUCUCAGCACAUUGUGUCCCACACACAGCUGUUGGCUCCGUUGCAACUGGCAGCUGCAGAGACUGAGCAGGUGGUAGCGAAACCACUUCAGAGUGUGUUUCCGCAGCAGGCAGGUUUGGUUCAUCCAGCUCCUGAGCCCGCUGAAAGCGGAGGGUCCCCCUUGCGCGUAAAAAACGCCUUGUCCCAGUUUCAGAAGGACUUCUCGUUGGGCAGUGAGAAAGAAGGGCAACAGCCAGCUUCUCCUCCGCAGUCCUUUCAGCUACUUGCCAUGCCUUCUGCAAGCACAGGCAGCAUCUCUCAUCCCAAGCACACCAGGACCUUGAAAAGAUGCCUGGAGCUCGAAGACUUCUCUAGCCCUAGCCAGUCUGUAGCGUACGAAAACACCCCGGGAAACCACACAUACGGGAAGCCGAGGCAGCUGGAGAAUGGCUCUCCUGUACUGAGGAAGAAAGAGAAGAGUAAGGCUUGCGUCAAAGAACCAGGCUGCAAAGGGCAUUCUCGCACUGGCAGACCUCGCCGGAAGGAGAAGCUGAAGUUUGACACAGCUCCCAUGGCUUCUCCCAGUCAAGUGGCCAUGGCUUCCUUUUCUUUGCCUAGCACCUCAUUUGAUAGCGGGGCCAGAGUGAAACCAAAGCUGACCAUUUUCAACAGGAUUCAGGGUGGAAAUAUCUACAGCUUUACAAAUGCAGUGAGGGAAGAACAAUUUCCCUUUGGUUGUAGUAAGACUGGGGGAGCUCCUGGAGACAGAAGUGAGCAUGGAAAUGGCUUUGUUUGUACAACCUGCAAUCAGCUGUUUUAUACUGAGAGGGGCCUGAACAGCCAUAUGUGUUUCUAUAGUGAACAGUGGCAGUCUCCAGGGAAGGAAAAACAACAGGCAUAUGAGGCAGAGCAUUUGCAACCUCAGAAACUGUCCUUCAAGGCAUCAGGGGAUGGAGAUACUCCUCCUGAAACCAAAAGGCCUUCGGAAGAUGUAGCAGUAGCACCUCUUGUAAUCCCUGUUUCGGUACCUGUAACGGCUGCAAACCUUCAGCAAGAGAGCAAAGUUGAGGAGAAGGAAAGCCAGGAUGAUAAGGAUUUCCAAGAAGGCAUGCAAAAGAAGAGGAAGAGGCGAUCUCGUCCGAAAUCUCUUUUCAUCCCACCUCCUCCACCUGUCCUCAUUGAGAUACAGCCUGGCACUGGAGGAUGCUUUCAGAGUAACCUCCGUUCGCCUGUCUUCCUCAUGGACCACCUCAUCCAAGGCUUAGUCCAGUGCUCCCCUUAUACGCCGCCUCCGAUGCUCUCUCCCAUUCGUGAGGGGUCAGGGCUGUAUUUCAACACACUCUGUUCUUCCUCUACAAAUGCUGCUUCUACCAAGAUGUACACCUCUGUUCUAGAUGGAAUGGACGGAGCCCUUUUGUUCUCUCUUGUGAAAGAUACCACCAAAAUCAGCAUAGAACCGCACAUCAACAUUGGAAGUCGUUUCCAGGCAGAGAUACCUGAUCUUCAAGACAGAUCAUCCUUAGAAAAUUGUGAGCAUCCAGCCUCACUGGUGUGGAAGCCGUGGGGAGAUAUCACAACCAACAAAGAAACACAGAAAAGAGUAACAGAUCUGUUAAAAUUGGCCUGCUCCAGUGCGAUGCCAGGGGGAGGGACCAACCUAGAACUAGCUGUGCAUUGCCUGCAUGAAGCCCAAGGAAACAUUCUGGACGCACUGGAGAUGCUGUUACUCCAAGGACCACAGAAGCCUCCCUUUCAUCCUCUUGCUAACUAUCAUUACUCAGGUUCACAUCUGUGGACUCCUGCAGAGAAGCAGUUGUUCAAGAAGGCUUUUGGCUUGCACAAAAAGGAUUUUUACCUCAUACAGAAGAAGAUACAAACUAAGACUGUUUCCCAGUGUGUUGAAUACUACUAUAGCUGGAAAAAAAUACUAAAAUUUGACACCAGUCGAGCACAGUUAGUAGAAAAGAGGCCCAAGAGAGAGCAGGAUGAGGUAGAAAUGGAUGAAGAAAAGAUAGCGUGCAGCCCAAAGAAACGGCACUGCCACCUGCCUAAACAGGAGAAUAAGCUAAAACCAAGGAAUUACAAAAAAUCAGCACAGAGCACUUUCAGUCCAGCCAGCAGCCAGAAAGAAACUUUAGAUAGGCCCAGAAGCACAGGCAGUCAGGGUGUGUUCCCGUGUAAAGAAUGUACAAGAGUGUUUGACAAGAUAAAAAGCCGGAAUGCUCACAUGAAGCGCCAUCGGCUGCAGGACCAGAUGGAACCAAUGAUAAAGAUUAAGUGGCCCAUGAAGCAUCUGAAAAAUGAGCCAGAGAAGCAAGAAAGGAACUCGGAUGUUGAUUUCCUCCAGUGGUAACUGGGAAGGCGCAGUUUCAGGGGUUCUGUUAUUUUUUUGGAGGACGGACGGAGUAGGCCAAUCAAUGAGAAAUCACCAUUGUAUUUAGUAUCAUUUUUGUGAUUGAUGUUCACACAACUGCUUUUUGAUUCACGCUGUAGUACCACAUUGAUCUGCGUUAUUGUUAUUUUGUAUGCACUCACAGUGUUGCUUAAUUAAAUUGGGUUCCACAACUGAA